GCCCCUUCAGAUGUUCCAGCACCUGAUGCAGAAGUGGAAGCACAGCCAGGGGACAUUCGGGCUGGUGACCUACACCCUCUACGACCUCACGGAGAUCGACUCUGCAGGGGAUGAGCCGUCGCUGCUGGAACUCAUCGUCACCACCAAGAAGCGGGAGGCUCGCCACAUCCUGGACCAGACGCCUGUGAAGGAGCUGGUGAGCCUCAAAUGGAAGCGAUACGGGCGGCCGUACUUCUGCCUGCUGGGCGCCUUAUACGUGCUCUACAUCAUCUGCUUCACCAUGUGCUGCGUCUACCGCCCCCUCAAGCCCAGGACGGAUAACCGCACCCAGCCCAGGGACAACACCCUCUUGCAGCAGAAGCUACUUCAGGUGACACCCUAGAGCAGCAGGUGACACCGCGGGGCAGGAUCAGACUUG